UAAUAACUGAUUAUCCUAUUCUUUUUAGAUGAACUAUGUUCUCUGUGAACAAGUUAUGUACGAUCAGAAGCAUCACAAAGCCAUCAUAUACCGUCCCGGAACCGGAUGUUAUGAGUAUCACAUGAAUCACCAGGAAUCUCAGGAUUCUUUUGAUGAUGCACUUAGACCAGAUCUUGAGAUUAAGAUGAUCGAGAAAUUAAACUGCAGCACAGAUAUCCAUGAAGUCGGCCAUCACAGUAUAGAUCAUCUCACCACAGAAAUCCGGAACGCUUGUGCUUCAGUACCUGUAUACAGAUUCGAUCAGACGGGAUCCGGAUGUGCUACAACAACUGAAUUGCCAACCAUGUCCGGCUCAUCUAUUUCUAAUCCAAUGCCAUAAGUGUGUUUAAAGUCAGUUUUGACUGGAUAUAUU